AUUUGGGGGCCUUGCGAUCUCCAGGUUUACCAUGAAAAUCUUGCGGUUUUCGACGUUUACUUGAGAUUUUCUGGCACUAACCUUUGGCAAACUGUGGAAUAUGUCUGAGCAAGGACAACCGGAGACGUCUUCUGGAGAUGAAGGGCUAGAUCCAAGGAUUCAGGAGGAGUUGGAGAGACUGAAUGCUGCCAGCAAUGAGAUCAACAAGUUGGAGGCAGAGUUGGAUGAAGCCCGAGCGCUGUUCCGACAAACCCUAACAGAGUCCACCCAGAAGCUGAACCUCCUGUCUAAGAAGAUGGGCAAGUCUGUACAGAAGGCACGGCCGUACUACGACGCCAAGAAAAUGGCCAAACAGGCCCAGGUGGAAGCGCAGAAGGCAGCGGUUGAGUACCAGCGUGCAAACGGGAUCCACCGCGCCGCCCGGGAGACCAUCUCACUGGCGGAACAGCGGCUGUUCAGCGACGCGGACGAGAAGAGACAGUUCGACUCCGCCUGGCAGGAGAUGCUGAACCACGCCACCAUGAAGGUGAUGGAGGCAGAACAGAUGCGAUCAAAGAGCGAACAUGACCACCAGCAGAAAGCUGAGGCCUACAACACAGCCAACCACAAACUUCAGCAGCUGGAGAAGUCACUCAAGAAAGUCAUCGCUAAAACCAAACCAUAUUUUGAUGUCAAGACCAGUUUUGAGCUACAACUUCUGCAACAGAAGCAGAAUGUGGAAGACCUUCAAAAGGCCGUGUCAGCGUCCAAGGUCAAGUACAGAGAGGCCUUAAAGAACCUGGAGAGCAUCUCAGACGAGAUCCACCGCAACCGACAACUUCUCAAGGAGCCGCGCAGUGCGGGGGUCGGGGCCGAGGCUGACAGAGAUGACCUGCCGGAAAUCAACCUGGAUGAUGUGGAUUCCUGUUCGCAGUACUCCGACCUGGAUGACGGCAAUAGUCUGGAUACAGACUCCACCACAGACGACGCGUCCAUGAUCGCCCAGACGGAUGACGCCAGUCUCAGCAGAAGGGAUAGAGGAGGCUCCUUCACUUCUCAUAGUAGCAGCGUCGGCGAAAGUGUCUCCUCUAGUUCUGCUGUGGGCGCCGCCUGUUCCCAGGACGUGGUAGAGAAGACUGCAGAGGGAGGGUGUACCACUGAGGGAACAGCUACUGAAUCUGGACAAGCUGUGGAGGGAGGAAGUUACACUGAAGGAACGGCUCCAGCAGUACAAGCUGUAGUGGGAGGGCUGACAGAGAAGGUAACAGCAGGAGAUGGUGACAUGGCAGUUGCAGGAACAGCCACAUGUAUGGAGGAGGAACAACAUCGAAUCGAGGAAAUACAGAUGCAGACAGAAACAACAGAAGAAAAUGGUCAGGACACUUCUCAAAAUAGUCAGGACACUUCUCAAAAUGAUGAUAUGCCAGAGAUAGAAACAGACAAAACAGAAAAGGAAGACAUAGAUGUACAUGUGCAACAAGAGGCAGUUGAUGAUGUUGAGAAAUCUUUUGAAGAUGUUGUAGAGGAGGGUUAUAAAGAAGAUAUGUCACAUUGUGCAGAUGAAAAUGCAAUUGUUACUGUACCAGGUAAAGUUAAUGCUGAAGAGGUUGUUGAACAACAACAGGAUACCUCUACAGAGGUGGUUAAGGCUGAGAGUUUUCCUACAUUGCAAAAUGAAGGGGAUAGGACAAAUAUGCCAAAUGUGGCUGUAGAAUGUGAUACAAGUUUACCAAAUGAGGUCAAAGUCUCUGAAUGUAGGGAAGAGGUGAUAGAACAGAAGGUAGGGCAGGAUGAAGUCAUGUUUGAGUCUACUGAAGGCAGUGCACUUCAAAACCAAGAACCUAAAGUUCCUUUGGAAGAUGUGGUAGUGAAAGAAACUGUAGAAGCCAUUGAAGAAAGUCAGACAGCAGGGUCAGUUACAGGGAGGAAAGAUGAAGAGGACAAUGCUAGAAAGGAGGAAAGUAGCGAGGUUAGAAGUUUUGAGUCACAGGAGACUUCUGCGCCAGAUACACCUGUAGAAGCUGUUUCAAACACUAGCAUACAGGAAGUUUCAAACUCUAGCAUAGAGGAAAAACCAUCAGAAAUAAGACAAACGGACAAAUCUUCCAGUGUAGAAAUCACAGAGGUUGGGGAUCAUCAGGUAGAGAACAGGCAAGGGGUCAUAGAUGAAGGUCAAAGGGCAGAGGUUACAGAGGAUAGAAAAGAUACAACAGAACAGAGUUCUGAGAUACAGGGACAGGGGGAUGCCCUCGAAAAUGGGACAAAACCAGAAAAGCAGAAUUUGUCCUCUCCAAGAAAAUCUGUGGACGAAAUGACAGCUGAAGAGAUUGAUGAAUUAGAGGACACUUAUUUGUAAGUUUAAGAAAAUUUGAUUUUUUAACAACAAAUAUUGUAUCAAAGUCCAUUGAUUUCAAUGGUUACUCAACAAAUCAAUAAUAGUUAUAUAUGCCUGCAUCAUGACAAUUUGAUAACAUUCUGUUGUGACAACGCCCAGUUUUUCAAAUAAAAGACAUUUGAUACACUCUAAAUGAAGCCAUGUAAACAUCAGCCAGGUUCCUGCAUUUGACUGUGAUGGCCUUGUGGAAAUACAGAUAAGAAAAAAGGCAGUUAAAAAUAAUGUAAUUAUGAUAAGCAAUACACUGUAUAUGCAUGGAGAAGUACUGAGCGAAAGAAGUAUGAAAGAUGUGUAUUUUCAAUAUAGUCAUAGAUAAAAUCUUGAAUGAUAUUUUGGGAAAGCUCAUAUUGAGGCAGUUGUUGCAUUUUACUCUAUGUGACUCUAUGUGAACAGCUGCAAUGCUAUCAAAUUUUGUGGAAGUUUCAAAUUUUUUUAUGUAACGUGCAUUUUUGUGAUAUUUUCCUAAAUCACCCCUUCAGUUUGUAUGAUGUAGUUUUACUUGGUUGAUUUUUGUUUGUUUGUAUGGCAUAAAUGUUACACUAUCUCAAGGUAUAACACACCAGCUGCCUCUGUUGCUAGAUUAUAGUACAUGAUUUUAUUGACAUUUAUCAAAUUUUCACAUGAACUUAGAAAUUUGCCAUUAUGGUGAAAUAUCAAAAUAGAAAGUCUUCCUUCCAUUGCAAUUAGCAUUUUACCACCAUUUGCGUUUUUAAGUUAUAAAAGUUUUGUUACUGAUGUGAUUGCCUCAAAAGUUGAAAUGCCAGAAGACUCAUGUAGAUAUGUUGUAAAAAGAAAAGAUAUAUGUUAUGAUUUUAUAUACAAAUAUAGGGUAUGCAGGGUAAAAUUGUUCCUAGUGUAAGUGUAUGUGUGGUUGGUAAUUUCUCA